AUGGACAACUUAUUAGAAGAGCUUGGCUGUGAAAGGGUGUUUGGGGGACUCGUGUGGAUUCUGGUCGCCUCCUCCAAUGCUCCUCUACCUCUGCUGCAAGGAUGGGUCAUGUUCGUGUCCGUGACGGCUUUCAUCUAUUCCCUCCUCUUCCUGGGCGUGUUCCUCUCUGGCGUGGUGACUCAGAUUAAUGCCGGCUGGAACUUCCUGGAUUUUGCUUACCAUUUUACAGUGUUCGUCUUCUACUUUGGAGCCUUUUUGCUGGAAGCACCCGCCACAUCACUGCACGAUCUACGUUGCAAUAGAAGCAUGGCUGUGCAGCCGCUCUUGAACGAUAACCAGUAUAACAUAAACGUGGCAGCCACAAUUUUUGCCUUUGUGACGACAGCUUGUUACGGUUGCAGUUUGGGUCUGGCUUUACGACGAUGGCGACCGUUAACACCCCUUACAAACUGA